CCCGUCUUUACCGGAAGUGAAAGAAAUACACAUAAACAGAGAGCAAGGGAAAGAGGAAAAAAAUAAGAACUUAGCGCGGGUUGAUCCAGUUGGAAUAACGUGUGAAUAAUUUAGGAAAUGGGGAGAAAAUCAUCAUCCAAAGCAAAGGAAAAGAAACUUAAGAAAAGAGAAGAAAUUGCCAAGUUGUCUGCAUUAUAUGCUAAAGUUGAAGCAGCAAAUAAGCUUGACGAUCCCCUGGCUGCGUUUCCUGUUUUCAAGAAAUAUGAACGAAAUGGACUGAAUAUCACAUUUGAAACAAAACGUGUGAAAGAUCUUGAUGGAAAGCUGGUCAACUGGGCCUUUGAGCUCACUAAAUCAAAUAUGAAAACGUUAUAUGAAAUGAGCGAGUGGGGAUGGAAAGACAGAGAGAAGAUGGAAGAAAUGACAGAAGACAAAGCUUGGUAUUUAAUGGCCUAUGAUCAAGAUGGUCGACCAGUUGCUUUCAGCCAUUUUCGAUUUGAUGUUGAGGUUGACACAGAAGUUUUAUACUGUUAUGAGAUCCAAUUAAGUCCUGAAGUUCGUAAAAAAGGUCUCGGCAAGUUCAUGAUGCAAAUCCUAGAACUCAUGGCAAACAAGUAUGAAAUGAAGAGUGUGAUGUUGACAGUUUUCAAACACAAUGAUUCAGCACAUGAUUUUUUUAUCAAUAAAUUAAAAUAUGCUGUCGAUGAAUUGUCUCCAGAACAAGGUAUAUAUGAUGAGGAGGACUAUUCUUACCAAAUUUUAAGCAAACUCACGAAAGCUGGCCGUGAAGCUGUGGUUGUACAUGGUGCUUGUGCUAAAUCUUGCUGCUCUGCCAAUCACUGACAUUUUAUGAAUGCUAUGACUUUAUGAAAGUUUUCGAGUAUUGGAUAAUGCCAUAAUUUUCUUUGUUUGUUUGACUUUUACACUUACACCCACUGUUAGAUGUGUUAAACUCCUUGUGCUGGGAGCUUGUGUCUGAGUGAUUAUAGAUAUUUUUUUUUUGUAUGUGCAUAAUUUGAUAUGAGAAUGAUUGAUAUUGAAAUGAGAUUUGAGAGCUUGAGUUUGAUGUAGGUGUGUGAAAAUGGCAACUGGAUUACAGUUCAUUUGAAAAAGUUUCUGGUGCUGGCAUGAUGUUUGUUAUUACAUGACAACUCAAAUUUAAUCAACAGUUGAUCUGAAGCUUGUCUCAGUUUGCAAGCUAUUUUUUUCUGAAGACUUGGUUAACAUUUGUAUUUGUUUUGUAGCUGUUUUGGUUGAUUUUUUUUUUUUAUUUUUAAGUUUCAUGAAUGACAUGGUUACCAGUUUUUUGUAAAAUUAUCAAGACUUUAUUUCAUGGACCCUUGAUGCUGUGAUGAUGCACACUGAAAGGGUUUUCCACUUAAGAAAUCACCUGUACUAGCAUAUUGUAGACAGGCUGGUCCACCCCCCUUCACAAUGUUCUCUCAGUUUUAUAAACAUGUUCAUAAUCAAAAUGUAAAAAAAAUAAAAAAUAUUUUGUUUCCAUUUUGCUAGGCACUCUUUAAAGUUGACUUUCUAUGAAAACGUUAAUUUACAAUGAAAGAAAGUGCAUUAUGAUUUUGUUGAUGUGUAUAGCUAUUAUGUAUAUCAGUUUCAAUCCAUAUCAGGUCUUUUUUUUUGUGUGUGUCUGUAUUCCUUUAUUUAUUGUAAUAUGCCGAUUACUUAGAUCUUGUUUGGUUACAUUUAUUUUGGAUGUGCCACAGUAGCUGAUGUUUUGACUGGUUAUUGUUUCAUUCUAAGAUUUUAUUUAGGUUUUGGAGGUUUGCAUGUUAGCUGUUCAUGUUGUUGAUUGUCCUUGACUAAUAAAUGAGAAAUUAGGAAGUAAAACCUGUUCUCAACAUUG